AAAUGCGUGCUACGUCACUGUGCGAUCGGGUUGUGCUUAGCUUGGGGUCUCCUGGCCCCUUGACGCGUCAGGUUGCUGUACCCCUGCAUUGGAUGCGCUGUACCCUGCGCUGGCUCCGUGAACCUUAGGGACAACACCGGGACACCCGCGAGGCCGGAAAAUGGACUCAGUGGCUUUUGAGGAUGUGUCUGUGAGCUUCAGCCAGGAGGAGUGGGCUCUGCUGGCUCCUUCACAGAAGAAACUCUACAGAGAUGUGAUGCAGGAAACAUUCAAGAACCUGGCAUCUAUAGGGGAAAAAUGGGAAGAGCCGAAUGUUGAAGAUCAACACAAAAACCAAGGACGAAAUCUAAGAAGCCAUACGGGAGAGAGACUCUGUGAAGGUAAAGAAGGUAGUCAAUGUGCAGAAAACUUCAGUCCCAAUCUCAGUGUGACGAAGAAGACUGCCGGAGUAAAACCAUAUGAGUGUACUAUCUGUGGAAAAGCCUUCAUGCGUCUUUCAUCCCUUACUAGACACAUGAGGUCUCACACUGGAUAUGAGCUAUUUGAGAAGCCAUAUAAAUGUAAGGAGUGUGAGAAAGCCUUUAGUUAUCUCAAAUCCUUUCAAAGACAUGAAAGGAGUCACACUGGAGAAAAACCCUAUAAAUGUAAACAAUGUGGAAAAACCUUCAUAUAUCACCAGCCCUUUCAAAGACAUGAGCGGACUCACAUUGGAGAAAAACCCUAUGAAUGUAAGCAAUGUGGAAAAGCUCUUAGUUGUUCCAGUUCGCUUCGAGUUCAUGAAAGGAUUCACACUGGAGAAAAGCCCUAUGAAUGUAAACAAUGUGGGAAAGCCUUCAGUUGUUCCAGUUCUAUUCGAGUACACGAAAGAACUCACACUGGAGAGAAACCCUAUGCAUGUAAGGAAUGUGGGAAAGCCUUCAUUUCCCACACAAGUGUUCUAACACACAUGAUAACACACAACGGAGAUAGACCUUAUAAAUGCAAGGAAUGUGGAAAGGCAUUCAUUUUUCCCAGUUUUUUACGAGUACAUGAAAGAAUUCACACUGGAGAGAAACCCUAUAAAUGUAAACAAUGUGGUAAAGCCUUCAGAUGUUCCACCUCCAUUCAAAUUCAUGAAAGAAUUCAUACUGGAGAGAAGCCCUAUAAAUGUAAAGAAUGUGGGAAAUCUUUCAGUGCACGCCCAGCCUUUCGAGUACACGUGAGAGUGCAUACUGGAGAGAAACCCUACAAGUGUAAAGAAUGUGGGAAAGCCUUUAGUAGGAUCAGUUACUUUCGAAUACAUGAAAGGACUCACACUGGAGAGAAACCCUACGAAUGUAAAAAAUGUGGGAAAACUUUCAAUUAUCCUCUAGAUUUGAAAAUCCACAAGAGAAAUCACACUGGAGAAAAACCCUAUGAGUGUAAGGAAUGUGCAAAAACCUUCAUUUCUCUUGAGAACUUUCGAAGACACAUGAUCACCCACACUGGAGACGGACCUUAUAAAUGUAGGGACUGUGGGAAGGUGUUCAUUUUUCCUAGUGCGUUACGAACACAUGAAAGAACUCACACUGGAGAGAAACCCUAUGAAUGUAAACAAUGUGGAAAAGCCUUUAGUUGUUCUAGUUACAUUCGGAUACAUAAAAGAACUCACACUGGGGAGAAACCUUAUGAAUGUAAGGAAUGUGGGAAGGCCUUUAUUUAUCCCACAAGCUUUCAAGGACACAUGAGAAUGCAUACUGGAGAGAAACCCUAUAAAUGUAAAGAAUGUGGGAAGGCCUUUAGUCUUCACAGUUCCUUUCAAAGACAUACAAGAAUUCACAAUUAUGAGAAACCUCUUGAAUGUAAGCAAUGUGGAAAAGCCUUCAGUGUGUCCACAUCCUUAAAAAAACAUAUGAGAAUGCACAAUCGAUAGAAACUCUAUAAAUGUGUGAAAUAGGGGAAAGUUUUCAAUUCUAACAGAUGCUUUCAAAGUUGCGAAAAUUCCCACUGAAGAGAGAAAUCCUAUCAAUGUAAGUAAUAUAGAAAGCGAGAUACAAGAUGAUUCAUGUAUAGUCAGGUACCACAUAAUCAUGUUUCAUUCAGCAAUGGACCAUAUAGGUUGGUAGCCCCAUAAGAUUAUAUAACACCUAAAACAUUUCUAUCAACUGCAAUUUAGUAGCAGUAGUAACACCAUAGUGCAGCACAUUAUUUAAGUGUUUAUGGUGCUGGUGUAAACCUGCUGCACUUUCAGUUGUAUAAAAGUACAACACAGCGGCCGGGCACGGUGGCUCACGCCUGUAAUCCCAGCACUUUGGGAGGCCGAGGCGGGCGGAUCACGAGGUCAGGAGAUCAAGACCAUCCUGGCUAACACGGUAAAACCCCAUCUCUACUAAAAAUACAAAAAAUUAGCCGGGCAUGGUGGUGGGCGCCUGUAGUCCCAGCUACUCGGGAGGCUGAGGCAGGAGAAUGGCAUAAACCCAGGAGGCCGAGCUGACAGUGAGCCGAGAUCCGGCCAACAGAGCGAGACUCUGUCUCAAAAAAAAAGAAAAAGUACAACACAGCUGGGCAUGGUCACACCUGUGAUCCCAACACUGGGAGACUAAGGCAGUAGGAUUGCUUGAUGCCAGGACUACUCUGGUCAACCUAGUGAGACCCUGUCUCUACAAAAAAUAAAAACAUUUUCUAAGUGUGGUAGCACACCCUGUAGUCCCAUCUACAUGGGAGGCUGAGGCAGGAGGAUUGCCUGAGCCCAGGAGUUCAAGGCUACAGUGAACCAAGAUCACGUGAUGGCAGUCCAGCAUGGGUGACAGUGAGACUCUGUAUCAAAAAAAAAAAAAAAAAAAAAAAUUGGCUGGGCACAGUGGCUCAUACCUGUAAUCCCAGCACUUUGGGAGGCUGAGGUGGGAGAAUCAGUUGAGGUCAGGAGUUCAAGACCAGCCUGGUCAACAUGAUGAAACCCUGUCUCCAUUAGAAAUACGAAAAUUAGCUGGGCGUUCUGGUGUGCCUGUAGUCCCAGCUACUUGGGAGGCCAAAGCAGGAGAAUCGCUUGAACCCAGGAGGUGGAGAUUGCAGUGAGCUGAGAUCUACCACUACACUCCAGCCUGGGUGACAGAGCGAGACUCCGUCUCGAAAAAAAAAAAUUACAGCACAGAUGUGCAAUAUAUACUUGAUAAUAAAUGGCUAAGUUACUGGUUUAUAUAUUUACAAUCCUGUUUUAGAAUGUAUUCCUGUGUUUUUUUUAACAGUAAGACAGUCUCAGGCAGGUCCUUAAGGAGAUAUUCCUGGAAAAACAUUGUUAUGAUAGGCGAUGACGGCUCCAUGUGCAGGACUGCCCCUGAACGUAUUCUGGCGGGACAAAACAUGGAGGCAGAAGACAAUGAUAUUGAUGAUCCUCACCCCGUGUAGUCCUACACUAAUGUGUGUUUGUGUCUUAGUUAGUCUUUAACAAAAAUAGUUUAAAAAAAUUUAAUAGAAAAAGCUUAUAGAAUAUGGACAUAAAAUAUUUUUGUACAGCUGUACAAUGUGUUUUAAGCUAAAUUAUUACAAAGUCAAAGUUUUUAAAAAUAAGUUUAUAAAGAAAAUAAUGUACAGUAAGUUAAGGUUUAUUCAUUAUUGAGGAAAAAAUGUUUUUAUGAAUGUAGUGUAGUCCAAGUGUACAGUGUUUAUAAAUUCUCCAUUAGUGUACAGUAACAUCCUGGGCCUUCGCAUUCACUCACCACUCAACUGACUCACCCAGAGCAACUUCUAGUCCUGCAAGCUAUGUUCAUGGAGUGUCCUAUGCAGGUGCAUCCUUUUUUAUCUUUUAUACUGCAUGUUUACCCUGUGUAUUUUCUGUGUUUAGACUCAUAAAUACUUAACAUUUUGUUACAAUUUCCUACAGUGUUCAGUACAAUAACAUGUUGUAUGGUUUAUAGCCUAGUAGCAAUAGACUGUACCAUAUAGUCUAGAUGUGUUGUAGCUAUACCAUCUAGAUUUGUGUAAGUUCACUUUGUGAUGUUUGUACCAUGAGGAAAUCACCUACGACACGUUUCUCAGAACAUAUACCCAUGAUUAAGCAAUCUCUGCCUGUAAAAUGCUCCAGAAAAUUCACACCAUGAUAUAAAUUCAUCACACAUGAUAUAAAAGUUAAGGCAAGGCAUGGUGGCUCAUGCCUGUAAUCCCAGCACUUUGGGAGGCCAAGGCAGGCAGAUCACCUGAGGUCAGGAGUUCGAGACCAGCCUGGCCAAGACGGUGAAACCCCAUCUCUACUAAAAAUACAAAAAUUACCUGAGCGUGGUGGCAUACACUUGUAAUUCCAGCUACUUGGGAGGCUGAGGCAGGAGAAUCAUUUGAACCUGGGAGGUGGAGGCUGCAGUGAGCUGAGAUUGUGCCACUACACUCCAGCCUGGGCAACAGAGCAAGACUCCGUCCCACACACCAAAAAAAAGUUAAAAAUUUUUUAUCACUGGCUCAUUCUUCAAGUACAUCUCUGGACUAUGAAUUGUAACUUACUACUUUUCCAAGAAGUCUUGGAAGUGAGAUAAUUCUGUAAGUACUCUUUAAGCAGUAGUCAAAAGUUUAAAAGGUUGUGUUUUCUCAUUAAAUCAGUUAGUAAAACUUUUCUCUUUC